CCUAUUCAUCCAAUUAAUGGCCAUCAAUAUACAAUUUGGUGAGUAUUAUCUUCGUGGUGAAAUGAUUUGGCCACUGCCAUUUUUUAUACGGUGCAAAACUAACACUGGAGCAAUUUGCAAUAUAUUAUAUUUAUAUAUAUUAAAUUUUCUUUUUCACUGCAUUCCUUGGAUUCAACGGCCACAGAAGACGGUGAAUAUCAAAUUUCAAAGGAGAGAGAAGGUCAAGAUCAAAACGAUAGACAGAUCGUGGUUUCUACAGGAAAGAAAAAGGAAGUGUCCCAACGUGACCAGUUUGUAUCUAACAAGCUCUGAGAGCAGAGGAUCGAAGCAAGAAGAAGAAGAAGAAGAAGAGAUGAUGGUUUUCUCGAAGAUUUUGGUUUUCUUGAAGACGAUCGUUCUUCUAUUCGUUUUCUGCGGUUUCAGCACCGCCGCGAUUUAUAACAAAAGCGCGGCAGGAUCCCGUGAAUCUCUCCUUCAUGGAAUCGAACUCCCCCAACACCCAAGCUUCAAUUCAGUCGCUUCUUCUUCAAUAGACACCGGCUGUCGCGUCGGAACGACGGCGACUCGGAACCUAGAAUUGCCGGAAGCGAAAAAACAGAGAGAUGAUGACAAACAAGAAGAAGAUAUGAUGGGGCUACCAUCUAAACCGGCGUUGAAACUUCACCUAAAGCACAGGUCAGAGAAUCCCGAAUCGAAAAAUGACAAGAAAGAAUCGCUGAUGGUGUCGGCCCACAGAGACCUGACCAGAAUUCAAACGCUCCAUAGAAGGAUUACAGAGAAGAAGAAUCAGAACACAGUGUCGCGGAUAACAGAGCCGAGGCUUGCAUCGACGGCCUCAAAACUAUUACCGAACAAAGCCACAGAAAAGGUAGCCGGCCCCGCCAGCCAAUUGGUGGCGACGCUGGAAUCCGGCGUCAGCCUCGGGUCCGGCGAGUAUUUCAUGGAUGUUUUUGUGGGGACGCCGCCCAAGCAUUUCUCUCUGAUACUCGACACCGGCAGCGAUCUCAAUUGGAUCCAAUGCCUCCCCUGCCAUGAUUGCUUCGAGCAGAACGGCCCGCCUUACAACCCUCAGGACUCUUCGUCCUAUCGCAAUGUCGGCUGCCGUGAUCCCCGCUGCGAGCUGGUGUCGUCGCCGGACCCACCGCAGCCGUGCAAAUCAGAUAACCAGACAUGCCCGUACUUCUACUGGUAUGGCGAUCGGUCCAACACCACCGGCGAUUUCGCUCUCGAGACCUUCACGGUCAACCUCACGUCGCCGACCGGGCAGCCGGAGUUCCAGCGGGUCGAGAAUGUCAUGUUCGGAUGCGGGCAUUGGAAUCGGGGCCUCUUCCAUGGCGCAGCUGGCCUACUGGGGCUCGGGCGCGGCCCGCUCUCCUUCUCCUCUCAGCUCCAAUCGCUGUAUGGGCAUACAUUCUCCUACUGCCUGGUGGACCGGAACAGCGAAUUCAACGUCAGCAGUAAGCUGAUCUUCGGUGAGGAUCAGAGCCUAAUGGUUAACCCCAAUUUGAAUUUCACCUCCUUUGUGGCGGGAAAACAGAACCCGGUCGACACAUUCUACUACGUUCAGAUCAAAGGGAUCAUGGUUGGUGGUGAGAUGCUGGAUAUUCCGGCCGAGACGUGGCAGCUAUCGGCGGAGGGAGCCGGAGGGACGAUCAUUGAUUCUGGUACCACACUCAGCUAUUUUGCAGACCCAGCUUACAAGAUAAUCAAGGAAGCGUUUAUGAAGAAAAUGAAAAACUAUACGAUUGUGAAUGAUUUUCCUGUGUUGGAUCCAUGUUACAAUGUAUCAGGCGUCAACGAAGACAAGCUGCCGGAAUUCGCAAUCCUGUUUGCAGAUGGGGCAGUGUGGAAUUUCCCACCGAAGAAUUACUUCCUAUGGUUGGAUCCGGAGGAGAUUGUCUGUCUGGCUAUCUUGGGGACACCUCGAUCAUCUCUUUCAAUACUGGGGAACUACCAGCAGCAGAAUUUCCACAUCUUGUAUGAUACAAAGAAAUCCAGACUGGGUUUUGCACCCAUGAAGUGUGCUGAUGUAUAGCGAUGAUCGCCCUGCCUGUAGGAUGACAAUGUGGAUAUAACAUCGGACCGGAUCAUCGGACGACACGGGGCAAGAUA